UAUCUCUCCCUUUCCCUCUCCCUCUCCCUCUCAUUUUUCUAUGUUUUGGGGGGUAGAAUUCCCUUUCCAUUCUCAACUGAACGAAGAACAAGCCCUGUUUUCACAAAUCACAACCUGAAGGCCAACUUCUCAGCUCAACUUACAGGCUUUUAAAAAUAUAAAGUGUGGAUCAUGGAAGAAGACAAGAAGUAUAAUAAACAGGAUGCAAUAGAUACUGGUGAAGCCACAGGAAGUCCUAUUAAAGAGAAGUGUUGGAAUCAAAGAGAAGCCCUGCCAGGGGAGCCUUCCUGUGUUAUUUGUGGUCGCUAUGGUGAGUAUAUAUGUGAUGAGACGGAUGAUGAUAUAUGCAGCAUGGAAUGCAAGCAGAUCCUCCUUGGUAGACUUGCCAACUCCCGAAGGCCAGUGGGUGUUUCAGCUUCUGUAAGAGUUCCUGUCACAGAUGAGUGCUUUUAUGUUAAAGAUGGUGAUCAUAAAUCAAAUUCUGAGGGUUUGACGAGCAACCAGAUUGAAGCUUUAAGAAAGAGAAUUGAGAUCCGAGUCAAGGGAGAAUUUGUUCCACCACCCAUCCUGUCAUUUUCUUCCUGCAGUCUACCUCAAAAGCUCCAUCAAAAUUUAGAAGCUGCCAGUUAUGAAAUACCCACACCUGUCCAAAUGCAAGCCAUUCCAGCUGCUUUGAUUGGCAAAAACUUGCUCGUUUCAGCUGAUACAGGUUCUGGUAAAACAGCUUCCUUUUUAGUUCCUGUAGUUUCUCGCUGUGCAAAUUCUCGUUUCAAACACCCCUCAGACCAGAAAAAACCAUUAGCAGUGGUUCUGGCACCAACCAGAGAGCUCUGUGUGCAGGUGGAGGAACAAGCUAAGCUGCUGGGGAAGGGUCUGCCCUUUAAAACUGCACUUGUGGUUGGUGGUGAUGCCAUGGCUGGACAAAUUUACCGCAUUCAGCAGGGGGUGGAAUUGAUUGUUGCUACUCCAGGCAGGCUGAUUGAUCUUUUAACCAAACAUGAUAUAGAACUUGAUGAGGUAUCAGUUCUGGUUUUGGAUGAGGUUGAUUGCAUGCUCCAGAGGGGCUUUCGGGAUCAGGUAAUGCAGAUUUUUCGGGCUCUUCUACAGCCUCAGAUAUUGAUGUUCUCUGCAACAAUCCCACCAGAGGUUGAAAAGAUGGCAAACUCAAUGGCAAAUAAUCUAAUUCUUGUGUGCGGGAAGCCAAACCGGCCAAACAGUUCCGUGAAGCAGGUUGUUAUCUGGGUUGAGUCAAAGCAUAAGAAGCAAAAGCUUUUUGAGAUAUUGAUGAGCAAGCAACAUUUUAAGCCUCCUGUUGUAGUGUUUGUGAGUUCAAGGCUUGGUGCUGAUCUCCUGUCUGAAGCGAUUACGGUCACGACUAGGAUGAAAGCUCUAUCAAUCCAUGGAGAGAAGCCCAUGAAGGAAAGAAGGGAGAGCCUGAGGUCGUUCUUGAUGGGAGAGGUUUCCGUGAUUGUGGCCACAGGUGUUCUUGGACGAGGUGUGGAUCUUUUGGGGGUGAGGCAAGUGAUUGUGUUCGACAUGCCCAAUUCCAUCAAAGAGUAUGUCCAUCAGAUUGGUAGGGCAUCUAAGUUGGGAGAGGAGGGAACAGCAAUUGUUUUUGUUAACGAGGAGAAUAAAAAUCUGUUCCAGGAGUUGGUUGAAGUUUUGAGAUCAUCAGGAGCUGCUGUUCCUCGUGAGCUUGCUAAUUCACGGUACACAAUGGCUUCUUACUCUGUUGGCAAGGGCCAGAAGAAACGGAAGUAUGGUCGCUGAAGCCUACUAAUGUGAAAAUUCCUAGUGGAGCAUAAAGUGCUGCCUGCAAGAUGACUGCAAUGGCCUCCCUAAAUAGUUGAAAGAGUUUAUGGCUUUUUUCCUAGUUGAUGACAGUCGCAUAGCUUCUGAAAACUGUGGCAAAAUGUGAAGUCUGCACUUUGGACAAUAAUGACGGUAUUGCGUGUGGAUCCACUUUCUAUCAGUACUAGCAGGUUCAGCUCAGGUACUGUGCAAGUUUUUCAUAUAAUUCUUACGAUGGCUGGCAGCUUAGACCGUGAAAGUUAUGGCGCAGAUGUUACAACAAGAUACUAAAAUCAAACUACAACAUAAAGGAGGGGGGGGGUAUAUAUGCUAGAGGAAACCAACUAAAAUGCCAACUUGUAUAUAGUUGUGAAAUGCAGCACAUUAAUAGGUCGUAACAUUGGUUGCACAUUCCUUUUCUUCCAGUAAGAUUUGUAUUUCUAUGUUGUAACCUUUGUGGGUACUGUCAUUAAAGUGCCAUUAAUCUUUUUUUCCUUGUAGUCUCAAGAGUCUGGAUUUGAGGUAAGUUUCAAUCCAAUAGGCAUACAUUGUUCUCAUUGCAUAUCUCUGACCUUUUGCAGGAAUGUCAUUAUUUGUGUUUUCUCUAGCAUCAUUAUAUAUAUAACUUUCAUGCAGACUGGAAAAACAAUCUCAAAUUGGAAUAUGAGUGCCACCCACAUUGUUCCAUGCAUAAUUGGUAUUCGCACUGUAAUUCCACUUUUAUUCAGGUUUCAAAUUCUGUGCUGUAGGUUUCUCAGCCAUGCGUGGUGCGAAGCCGGUCCAAACCUUCACAUUUUCUUUGCACAACUGCAUAGAAGUGCUUUAGAGAAAUAAUAAUUGAAGGAAAGAAAGAAAUCCUCCAUCACAAGGUACGAUGAAGACGUGCUUCAUUCCAUCAGAAGGAUCUCCCUGAGCAGGGAAAACCAGAAACCUAUCUUAGGAAGUUGAAGAUCAUCUACAUUAUUUCUCUACAUUGACACAAAUGUGGGUAAAUUAAACACAGGAAUGUCAUCUAUUAGAAAACGCAGCACAACAGAAGUUACACCACAGCUCCAUUUGGUUGCAAGUGAAGGAACAUAGUAAAUAUGCAUAUUAAAUGCAUAUUUUUGUAAUAUUAAAACAUUUAAUUGUCGGAUCCAUAUUUUUACGUAUAAAACUUCAAAUACGAAAAAAUUCACGUUUAUUAA